AUGUCGCGUCCCUCUCUGCCCCUCCUUCGGGGUACCACGACUUUAGAGUCAGCCCUGGAAGAAGAAGAAGACAUGCUCCUGGAUCUCGACUACCCCGAGCAACGGAUCGACUUUUUCGUCUCCCUUUACAGUCGCCGCACCGAUAUUGAAAAGAUUGCAGCUGGGCAUCUCGGGCUGCGUUCCUGCCGGCUUGGAGCCGUCAAUGAAUGGAUACAUGGCAGCUUCAACGUCUGCAUUCCAAUCUAUGUCAGCGACGAAACUCGGCCCCGGGCCGUCGUUCGAUUUCCCCUGCCGUACAAAGUAGGCGAGAUCAAGAAUCCAGGCAACGUGGAUGAAAAACUUCGUUGCGAAGCGGCAACUUUCAUUUGGAUGCGGGAGCAUUGCCCGGAGAUUCCGAUUCCUCGAUUAUGGGGGUUUGGACUGGUACGGGGUCAGAGUUUUUCAGUACCGGAGAAUGUCCCUCUGGGAAAGAGGUUCCUCUGGUCGCUCAAGCGGUGUAUAUCAUGGCUUCUGGGUCGCCCGCUGUCCUGUCGCUAUGUUGAUCAUCGCCGUUCGACCAUGCUGGAGAAUGGUUACUUGGUCAUGGACUAUGUUGGUGGGCCUGAUCUUCAAAUGCUGUCCGAGACAUGGGAUCGAGAUCGCCAUCAUCAAGAGAAAAGAAAGAAUCUCUUCCGGGGUCUCUCUCGGAUCAUGCUUUCAAUGAGUCAGACACCUCUGCCCCGGAUCGGAUCCUGGACAAUGGAUUCGCACGGGGUUUUGCAGCUGUCCAACCGACCUUUAGGUCUUCGACUGCAUCAGCUGGAAAAUGGCGGGAUCCCUACGAAUAUCAAUCGAAGGUUGACUUAUGCGACCGCCGAUGCAUACUAUCUGGAUAGCUUGCUGACCAUCAUGCGGGCGCUUUUACCGCACUUCAGUAACCGAGAGUUUCGGGAAGGCCCAUUCUUCUACAGACUGACGGAUCUUCAUCCCAGUAAUAUCUUCGUGGACACCGACUGGAAUAUCAAAUGUGUGAUUGACCUGGAAUGGGCAUGUUCCCUCCCGGCGGAAACCCUACGACCUCCGUAUUGGUUGACCGGUCGUUCUGUGGACGAUCUAACAGACGAACAUCUGGAAGAAUUUGCCCGGGCACAUGAGUUUGUGGAGGUUUUCGAGGAAGAAGAGAAAUUAGUCCCCCCAAUCAACGACGACCAUUCGUACCGGACCAAUCUCAUGAGAAGGGGUUGGCAGAUUGGAAACUUCUGGUACUUUCAGGCCUUGGACAGCCCAAAGGGGUUAUAUAACCUCUUUGAACAGCACAUUCAUCCCAUAUUCGCAUCUAAUACCAGUGUUGGUUCGCACUUUUCACGGAUUGUAUCGGACUAUUGGGCUGCCGAUGUGGAGGCAGUCAUUGCGAGAAGCUCAGAGACAAGGAGGAUGGUUGACAGAGACACGGAUCAAACCAUGCCUCGAGAAGACGACACGCAAAAGAAGGCGGCCGCGGGGAUCGCAGCAGCCAAGCUGGCCGAGGAGCAGCGCAAGCGCGAGGACCGGGCUGCUGUCACACAAGGCCUGACGGAUGCCGCGACGAUGAAGCAGCUGUCAUCUUCGGGAUAUGAGGCCAAGGCUUGA